AUGGUUGAGACUUGGAUGAAGGAGAUGGAGAAGAUACUGACAGUGCUGAAUUGCACUAAGGAACAGAAGGUUCUCUUCAACACCUUCAAGUUGACAAGAAAGGCCAAGCAAUGGUGGCAAGCGGUGAAGCUGCUGGAAGAGCAGCGAGCAGUACCCAUGGUGAUGACCUGGGGACGUUUCAAGGAUGUCUUCUAUGACAGGUAUUUCCCUGCCACCCCCAAGAAUGUGAAGGCGAAUGAAUUUUUCAACCUGACUCAGGGGCACCUCACUGUACAGCAGUACACUGCUAGGUUCGUGGAGGUUUCACACUUUGCUCCCUUCAUGGUCCUUGAUGAAUACCAAAAGGAAAGGAUGUUUGAAAGAGGCUUGGAACAGAGAAUCCACGAGCAUGUGGCAUGUUUUCAGAUACAUGACUUCUCAAAACUGGUGGAUAAAGCCACCGUAGCAGAGUCGAGUCUAUAG